GGUCUUUCCAUCUUUGAUUAACAACAACCACCAAACGGUGUCGGUCUUUCAACAUUUCAUCUCACAUUUCCAACGCCGUAUCACGAAUAACCUGGUCUUCAAUCUUGACCACAGCGAAACUGCAAUAAAAUACAUAAGCGCAGCUUCAUUCCAUCAAGGAUAAAACCCUCCCACUAGAAUCAUCAUCUACCUAGGUAUUUGACAACCAUCAAUUCUCAAGGUCUCGUCGCAUCAACCCUACUAGUAUUUAGUACCAUCAGGAACCUUGCAUAGCAUCAUGUCGUCUCCGGCGCCGAGUAACGACGGGGAUGCCCCCAAGAACAACCAGGAGCAGAUCACUUUCCGUUUCUGCGCAGAGUGUUCCAACAUGCUGUACCCCAAAGAAGAUGAAGACGCCCAUAAGCUUCAGUUCACCUGCCGCACGUGUCAAUACACCGAAGAGGCUACAUCUUCCUGUGUCUUCCGCAAUGUUAUCAACAGUGCAGCAGGCGAGACAGCUGGUGUGACCCAGGACGUGGGAUCGGACCCGACGCUUCCACGGUCCAAUAAAACCUGCCCCGUGUGCAAGCACGAAGAAGCGGUAUUCUUUCAAUCCCAGCAGCGAAGCGCGGAAACCGGCAUGAAACUUUUCUACGUAUGCUGCGAAUGUGGUCACAUAUUUCAGUAAUGAUUAUGAUGGACUAUGAUCAUCAUAAAAAUCAGGUUGGAGCACAUACGCAAGGACCUUGAUCCGACAAUUAAGGUCAUUUUGGUAUUGCAUGACUCGGCGUUUGGAGGCGAUUUGGCGGAAUUUCUUAAGGAAAUUUCCCUGGCAUGGAAAACUGCACUUUAAUUGGGUAUUAAUAUACUCUAAUUUCUUUUUAUAAAGUCGCAUCUGCAUAUUGUACCUGUCUACUGCGUCCUACACCUGCUGCCAAGUGAAUAGCCGGGUACGACUAGGGAGGAGUUUCACUACACGUAUAUGCGAUGG